AUGAAUGGUGUAUUGGGUAACCAAAUGACCGGGAAAGUUUGUGUUACUUUAUGUGCUACUACUGUAGUGAAGCCAGGGCUAGCUCAACUCCCUACCAUUCCUGGGUUUUUUCCACCCGGCUCCCAAGUUGAUCUCGCAAAAUGUUGGUCAUCGCUCAACAUUCAAGGUUGCGAAGUCGAAAUCUUUAAAUCUGUUUUAACCGGUAAGAUUGAAAACGUUGGACCAACAUGCUGCAAGGCGUUUACGAAAGUGGAUGCAAACUGUUGGCCAAAAAUGUUUUCGUUGAAUCCGUUAUUCCCUCCUCUUCUCAAGGAUGGUUGCUCUCGCAUCAUCGCAGGUGCACCCGCUGCACACACGACACCUCAGUUCCCUGUCAUCUCUGGUUCUCCGGUCGAUCUCACAAAAUGUUGUCAAUUGUCAUCACUUGUAAACGCUCAAGGUUACAUAACUGAAUCUUAAAUCUACAAAUCAGUUUUCACAGGAAAGUUUGGUAAUGUCAGGGCCGGCCCACCAAUGUGUUUCAAGGCGUUGUCGGCAAUGGAUGCAAAAUGUUGACAACAAAUGUUUCCGCUAAAUCCGUUAUUUCCUCCUGUUCUCAAAAAUGAAUGUUCUCGCAUCAACAUAGCCGCUCCUACACAAGUGAAGUAG